AUGGCGGCGUCGGCGGGUAAGCUGGCGGCAGCGCUCCACCGGAGGACGCGCAGGGUCACGUCCGCGCUGGCGUACGCGGCGCUGGAGUGGGUCCUCAUCGCGCUGCUCCUCAUCAACGGCCUGCUCGCCUACGCCAUCGCCAGGUUCGCGGACUACUUCGGCCUCAGCCCGCCGUGCCUCCUCUGCUCCCGCGUCGACCGGCUCUUCUUCCAGGCGGAAGGCGGCGGCGACGAGGCUGGCGCCGCGCGGUGGCUGCGGGACGCCCUCUGCGGCGACCACGCCGCGGAGAUCUCCGCGCUGGGGUACUGCCUCCGCCACCGUCGGCUCGCGGUGGCCGGAGAGAUGUGCGAGGGCUGCCGGUCCGAGUGGAAGGAGAAGACAAGCGAUGCUGCAGGUGCGUGUACCUGCUGCAAAGCUGUUGUACGGACUUCUUUGCGCGAGCUAGAAGAUACAAUUACAAGGGAUGAACAUGUCUUGGAGAAGGUAACCGAGGAGGUAGAAGAUGACGACCGAGGCUAUGUUCUGCUGGCUCAAGAUGAUCACGAAGAGGACGAGGAGGAGCCGGAUGAGGUCGAAAGCCAAGAACAAGAAGAGCAGAGCGAGGUGGAUGCCCAACAGCAAGAAGACGAGGUGAUGGCUGCCGUUCAGGAUGAAUCCUUGGAAUUCAUGGAUCAGGUCGAAGACAUCACCGCGAUCGAGGACGACCGAUUGGUGUCGGUGGUGGCACUUGACGAGAUGACCGUCGCCGAUGAUUCGGGUUUUCAUCGGGAUGUUGAAGAGGAGGACGGAAUGAAUCGUGUAGUAGAAGAUGAGCAGGAUGCGAGGGAUGUGGAUAUCGGAGUGGUUCUGGAGGAGAAGAGGAUGUUGGAUUCCUCGGUUGCAACGCCGGCUGAUGUGAUCGAGGACUCCGUCGUGCCCAUCAGCCCCGUACCUUGUCCUGAGACUCUGUCGUGUCCAACAAACCCAUCUCAUCCUGAUCAUAACUCCAUUUCCCAAGAUGAUGGAGAUGUUCCUGAAGAUACUUCAGAAAUUGGCGAUUCCACGGCCGAGGAAGAACACAUCUUUUUGCCUCAAGUACAAGAAGCCAUUUCUGAAGAUGACAACAGAACAGCUGAGGUGGACACGAACUGCGAAGUAUCAAUCGGAAGCGAUAUAUGCGAACGGGAACAAGAUGACCAUGUCGUUCGAUUUCAAGAUUUGCAAGAGUUUGAGGAACCGGUUGUUCCAUUAGCAGCUGCAGAUGAUCUGCCAUUGCCAUUGGAAAUUCUAGAGCCACCUGACCAAGAAGCAGGUGAAGUUGAACAGGAGGAGGUGACGACGAGCACGGGAUUAGACCUCCAGCCAAACGAACAGAACGAGGUAGAAGAAGACAAAGCACCUGAGACACCGACGAACAGCGCCGCUACACAACGCUCCGACAGAAUGUUUUUGCUGGAGAGGAAACGGUCGCUGUCGCUCUCUCUGGACGGGAGCGUAGCGAGCGAGAUGGAAGGCGGCGAGCCUUCCACCGUGGACCAGCUGAAAUCGGCGCUGCAGGCCGAGCGGAAGGCGCUGGGCGCGCUGUACGCCGAGCUGGAGGAAGAGCGGAACGCCGCGGCCAUCGCGACGAACCAGACGAUGGCGAUGAUCAACCGGCUGCAGGAAGAGAAGGCGGCGAUGCAGAUGGAGGCGCUGCAGUACCAGCGGAUGAUGGAGGAGCAGUCAGAGUACGACCAGGAGGCGCUGCAGCUGCUGAACGAGCUGGUCACCAAGCGGGAGAGGGAGAAGCAGGAGCUGGAGAGGGAGCUCGAGCUGUACAGGCAGAAGGUGCAGCACUACGAGGAUAGGGAGAGGAGGAGGACGGCGAGCUUCAAGGCCAAUGGGGCAAGCGUAAGCCCCAGUGGCAGUGGCACUUCCGUGUCCUCCAGCGGCGAGGACAGCGACGGGCACUCCGACGACUACUGCGAGCUCGGCGAGUCUCCCGACGGCGGCAACGUUCAGAGCUCAUCGGAUGCUGCUCUUGGCUCCAUGAGGGAUCAGGACAGCACGAAGCACCUAGCGGCUCUGGAUGACUCCUUGACGUACUUUGAGAUGGAGAGGCUCUCCAUCUUGGAGGAACUCAAGACGCUGGAGGAGAGGCUCUUCACACUGGAAGACGACGAUAUCAACACCAGCAAACAAGUUACUGGCCAUUCCUCGAGUGAUUUCGAUUUGUCGGCCGAUGGCCUUCAGUCGCCUGAGCAUGUUGUCACUGGUGACAAGGCAAGGUUCGGAGGAAGGGCCUCUAUCAGUAGAGGGAAGAGUCUUCUGCCUCUGUUCGAUGCAGUCGGCGACGAGACCUGUGAUCAAAUGCCGUCUGCAAGAGUAGGAGAGGCAGAUCAAGCCGAUGAUUCGGCAACAAAGCCAGUAUCAGUGUUUGUCAAAGAGCAGGAGAGGCUGGCAAUCAUAGAGGAGGUUGAUCAUGUCUAUGAAAGAUUGCAGGCGCUGGAGGCGGACAAGGAAUUCCUGAGGCACUGCAUCAAGUCCCUGAAGAAAGGAGACAAGGGCAUGGACCUUCUCCAGGAGAUUUUGCAGCAUCUUCGCGAUCUCCGCAAUGUGGAGCUUCACGUCAAGAAUGCCGGUGAUGCCAUCGCUGCAAAUUCAGCCUAG